GGUGUUUCCAAACUGACUGCGAGGCUCGAGACGUGAGGAUAAAAGCAGGCGGGCGUACCGGCGGAUGGGCUCGAUAAGUGUAGGGGAUUUUAAAAGGUUUUUAUCUGCUGUUACGAUCGUAUUCAGGCCGGGCGCUCUUCGGCUGCUCAGUGCUCUCGUGAACGUCCAGCCAUUUCCAGACGUCGUUCAAUCGAGAUGUCACCUUUUAUUUUAAUGAUUGCCAUGGGAACGAAAAAGACAGCUGCAAAGUCAAAGUCUUUCUGUCCGUAUCUGUGAACAGCUGGAGGCGGCGGUGGAGAGCGAUCCAGAUUGGAAGGGUCCUAAAAAGUGCGUUCACGGUGUGUACAGUACGUGCACCGAUCGCAUGACUGAAACUUGAAAAAGGCAAACAAAUAAUGCGUAAAUGAUCAUGGAUAGGAACGAAGAAAAAUCAAGCUACUCUUCAGAAAAUAGCUGCAUGCUGGAUCUCCCGAUUACAUAUGGCAUUGAAGAGUAUGGUUCCUCCAUGGACAGAGAGAUUGAAUCCACCUUGAAUUCUGUGCCACUGACUCCAGAAACAGAUGGUGACUCAGAGAAUACAAAAGAAUACAAGAAGCUCACCUGUCCCUUUCAAACCCCUUCAGAAAAAGACAACAGCUUAGGCGGUGGACCAAGUACCUCAUGGACCUCUCAGAGUGAAGAGACACCAAGCUUGGAGAAGGACAUGGACAUUUUCUAUCACCACACAAGUCAACCCGAACACGUGGACAGAACGUUUCAUCUCAUUUCAGAAGUGCUGACUACUAGAAUCUCUGAAAUUCAACAAAUGGAGAAGAACGAGUACUCACUAAGAUGUUUUCAGAUGGCCCGUGUUCUCCUUCACAGUCAGGGUGCCAAAAUCUUUCUGGAUCAUCUGGAAAGUCCACAUUCUUCCGAGUCACUGGUUAGAUCUGAACGUGUUGUAAAGUGUGUUCCGGGGCUGUCUAUGGACGUGGUGACAUAUGUACUUCAAAACGUUAACUUGACAGAAUUAAAAAAAUGAUACUUGUU